UAUCACGUGGAAUCGAAGUCCUGAGGCUUCAAAACGGCGAUCUGGACCAGACAAGGAAAGCCACUGCUCUGGUCAGCCCUUCCCUCGUCCUAGCCUACCCCAGAGGCCCGGAAGCGGAAGUGACAGACACGGAAGUGGCCUGCUGUUGCCGAGGGGACGGGCUAGGCAGAUGCCAACAUGGCAGCGGUUGGGUCUGGCUGUUCCACCGCGGCGGCCGGGCCAGGAGUGGUCUCCGCGGGGGCCUUGGAGCCUGGUACCAUGAGUGCGGUUGGUAUUUUUUUCUGGAAGAGAGUUGCUUCUCAGGGGAAACGGGGUGUCCAGGGCCUGCCCUGGCCAUUUCCUAACACCUCAGGAAGGAUUCCAGCUCACCGGCGCCUCAAAUACAUAUCCCUAGCCGUGCUGGUGGUUCAGAAUGCCUCCCUCAUCCUCAGCAUCCGCUACACCCGCACGCUGCCUGGCGACCGCUUCUUUGCCACGACUGCUGUGGUUAUGGCCGAGGUGCUCAAAGGUCUCACCUGCCUGCUGCUACUCUUCGCACAGAAGAGGGGUAACGUGAAGCAUCUGGUCCUCUUCCUCCACGAGGCUGUCCUGGUGCAGUAUGUGGACACAUUCAAGCUUGCAGUGCCCUCUCUCAUCUACACCUUGCAGAAUAACCUCCAGUAUGUUGCCAUCUCCAACCUGCCAGCUGCCACUUUCCAGGUGACGUACCAGCUGAAGAUUCUGACCACAGCCCUGUUCUCCGUGCUCAUGCUGAACCGCAGCCUUUCCCGGCUGCAGUGGGCCUCCCUGCUGCUCCUCUUCACGGGUGUCGCCAUUGUCCAGGCACAGCAAGCCGGUGGUGGGGGCCCACGGCCACUGGAUCAGAACCCUGGGGUGGGCCUAACAGCUGUCGUGGCCUCCUGUCUCUCCUCGGGCUUCGCAGGUGUCUACUUUGAGAAGAUCCUCAAAGGCAGCUCAGGCUCCGUGUGGCUGCGCAACCUGCAGCUGGGCCUCUUUGGCACAGUGCUGGGCCUGGUGGGGCUCUGGUGGGCCGAGGGCGCCGCUGUGGCCCACCGCGGCUUCUUCUUCGGGUACACACCUGCUGUCUGGGGCGUGGUGCUCAACCAGGCCUUUGGCGGGCUACUGGUGGCUGUUGUUGUCAAGUACGCUGACAACAUCCUCAAGGGCUUUGCCACCUCCCUGUCCAUCGUGCUGUCCACUGUUGCCUCCAUCCGCCUCUUUGGCUUCCACGUGGACCCAUUGUUUGCCCUUGGUGCCGGGCUGGUCAUCGGCGCCGUCUACCUCUACAGCCUUCCCCGAAGUGCAGCCAAAGCCAUAGCUUCUACUUCCACCUCGGCCUCUGGGCCCUGCACUCACCAGCAGCCUCCUGGGCAGCCACCACCACCGCAGCUGUCUUCCCAUCGCGGAGACCUCAGCACGGAGCCCUUUCUGCCAAAGUCAGUGCUGGUGAAGUGAGGGCUGGCAACGGUGUGGGGAGACAGGGAGGGGGACUGGGUGGAGGGUGUUGGGCAUCUGCAGGACCCAAGUUGCCCCUAGGGCCUGGCCCCUCUGGGGUUUAAGGUCUUUUGAGACUUUGGGAGGGGCGUAGGGCUGGGCGGGCCCUUGCUUGUCCGCUGAACCCCCCCUCCCAUGGAGGGGUGUUUAGAGCCACCUCCUCUGUCCCAGUCUCACCCCUUUGAGGACCAGGUUGGGGAGGGUAUUGUCAUUUAAGGCCUUUUUAUCUGCCUCCCUCCUUCAGCCAGAGGUGUCCUGUCUCAUGCCUGGGAGAGUCCCUCCCAGUAGUCCCUGUACCUUUGUAAGGACAAAUUGGACAAAAAUCCUACAGCUCUUUAAUAAUGACCGAUGCCUGCCUGUGGGGUUUCAUUUCCCAUAGCUCCAGGCCUGCUCUCCUUCCCCACCACACUGGAUCAUGUUAGCAGCUCUUUUUGUGGCCUUCAGGCAGCUUCCCUGACGCCGAGACCCCUGAAAGUGGGGCUCUUGUGGGAGAGGUCGGGGCGAGAGCUGAGAUUUUGCAUCAGCCUGGUCCAGAAAUGGGGACUAUGUGGUUUUUAGUGGUUUGGGGAUUUGUGUAAUCAGAUCAUUGAUGAUCCAGGGUAUGGGAAAAGCAGGGAGGGAGGUCCCUGAAGUGGCUGAAUCACUGAAUCUAAGAAAUACUGUCAGUUGCCAGAUGCAGGGUUAUUUUCUGAGAGAAAAAAAUAAAGCUGCCAACCAUACUCUUCGCUACCCCACUGGCUGAAUGAGGCAUCCUUAAUUCAUGGGGGAGGGGGUGUGUGUGUGUGUCUUAAAGUUGCUGAAAUAUGGAACUUGCCCCAUGCAUUCCUCAAAGCUUAUUAACCCCUUAACUGUCUCCCGGGUGUGUGUGUAUGUAUGUAUGUGUGUGUUGGGGGGGGGUGUCUGUGCCCGUGCGCACGCUUGGGAGAUGCCUGGGCUGUCUUUGCUAUGUGUAAAUAGGGCCAUUGGACCUUUAUUUUUGAUUAACUUGUUCUGAUUUUUUUGUUUUUUAAGGAACUGUAAUGAACCAAUGUCAGGAUACCUAAUGCCAAAUAAAGAUGUUGUAUUUAUUUA